GAGAGAUACAUGUUUUCAGAGGGAUUGAUCUGGACAUGUGGUCAUUCUUUGAAGCGGUGGGAUUGGUUAGUGAAUUCAAGUAUGAUGGAGAGUUCAAGCUUUGGUGGAAGGGUUCGAAAGAAAAGGAAAUGAACAACCUCAGACCACUUACAGAUGACAGAGAAGCAAUUUUGUUGUCUAACUAUGCUGAGGCAAAUAAGGAGGAAGUUGAAAUCUAUGUUCAACAUCUCCAUCCAAGUCAGCCAGAUGAAAUUACUUUUCUUUCCUUUUGUGAGGAAGCAAUUGAAGAAGGAGUAGAGGUGAUGGUGGAGGAGAUGGAGAAAGAUGAUGAAGGUCGUGGUUAUGUUGUUGAAGAAGGUGAAGCAGAGGAUGAAGAAGAUUUUGGUGGGGUGGAGGGAAAUGUGGAAGUACAAGACUUAGUACUGGAUGGUGAGGAGGAAGAGGGGAUUGUUGAGGAAGAAAUGGUGGAAGAGCAAGAGGUACAGGAUGAAGAGGGCAAUGUUGUUGACGGUCAAGGGUUGGAAAAUGUUGAUGAAAGUGAGGAAGAGAGAAUGGCAAAUGAUGAUGAUGGGUUUGGGAUGGAGGAAGAGAGAAGAAAUAUUAAUCCGGUUUUGGAUAGGUGAAAGAGAAUGAGAAUGAAAAAGAAAAAUAUAAGUGUCAAAAGUAGAGUUGAAGAUAGUGAUGGGGCAUUUAUGAUUAAUGAAGAGGUUGGACAUCAUGAGAUAAAUGAAGAUUAUGAUACAAAUGAUUUGUCUUCAAAUGUAGAUAGUGAUGAGGAUGUGAGGGAUAAUAAGAGGCACUUUUCAAAGUAUAGAGCAGAAGAUAUGACGAAGGGGUUCAAAUUUAGAUUGGGAAUGGAGUUUAAGUCAUUGGAAGAGUUUAAGAGUGCGUUACAGGAGCAUAGUGUUUUGAAUGGAAAAGAAGUGAGGUUUGUCAAAAAUGACUUGAAGAGAGUAAGGGCAAUUUGUAAGAAGGGGUGUGGUUUUGUUAUAAUGGCUAGCAAGGUAGGAAGUAGCCAAACCUUCAGAUUAAAAACUCUAGUUGGGCACAAGUGUGGAAGGGCUUUUGGUAGCAAAAGUGCAAGUGUAGAAUGGAUUGCACAGGUUUUGGUUGACAGGUUUGUGAAUGUAGGAGGCAUGACAGUGAUUCAAAUCAUAGAUGAAAUAAAGAAGUCAUAUAGUGUUGGAAUAACUCAUUGGAAGGCUGGAAGAGCUAAGAAAAUUGCAAUGGAUUCCUUAGUGGGUGAUGGAGAAAGACAAUAUGCUCGUCUUUAUGACUAUGUGGCUGAGUUGUUAAGAGUAAAGGCUGGAACCUUGAAGAUUAAGGCCAACCAACCCCAACCCACCUUGCAACCAAGGUUUGGGUCAUUGUACAUGUGUUUGGAGGGCUGUAAGGAGGGGUUUUUAGGUAGUUGCAGACCUUUCAUUGGGGUAGAUGGUUGUCACUUGAAAACAAGUUAUGGAGGUCAGUUGUUAAUUGCAGUAGGAAGAUACCCUAAUGACCAGUACUUCCCACUAGCUUUUGCUGUGGUAGAAACAGAAUGCAAAGACACAUGGAUGUGGUUUUUGACAUAGCUCCUUGAUGAUAUUGGAGGCAUAGAUUGUCAAAGGUGGACCUUUAUUUCAGAUCAGCAAAAGGGAUUAAUGUCAGUUUUUGAUGAUAUCUUGAAUGGAGUGGAGCACAGACUUUGUUUACGCCAUUUGUACAGCAAUUACAAGAAAAAAUUUGGUGG